AUGUCUCCCGCCAAAGCUGUCGUCACCGAUAAGGCACCAAAACCGCUGCCACAAUUCUCUUCUGCGGUCAAAUACAAUGGCAUGGUCUACUGUUCCGGCAGCCUUGGACUUGACCCGAAGACAUUUGCUUUUGCGGAGGGUGGAGUGAAAGAACAGACACGCCAAGCCCUUAAGAACCUCGCUGCUGUUCUAGAAAAAGCAGGGAGUGGUCUGCAGAAUGUGGUCAAGGCGAACAUCUUUCUCACCAGCAUGGACAACUUCAAAAUCAUGAACGAAGCGUGGGAUGAGUUUUUCCCUGCAGACCUUGAUCCCAAACCGGCUCGCACUUGCGUUGCUGUUUACCAAUUGCCGCUCGGUGGGGAUGUCGAGAUUGAAUAUUACACACAGAUUACAGACACCAACCUGGCAAGUUUGCGAUACCGACUCCACCCGCAACUCCGGCACUAUUCUCGUGAGGUCAACAGACUCAACCUCACUAGUCAAUCACCAUACCCCAUAUAUCGCAGUCUGGCAAUCUUUCAAGACGCAUCCAAGCAGCCCGAACCCCAUGCCAAAGAUGCAAUCGACAUCCGAGCCAAGGGCGAUAACUGUCAUCGGGUAACUAUCAUCUUGCACCUCAACAUUCCAAAUUCCCUGAGCACAAAGUUAAUUCGCCGCAACAGAGCGGGUGUAAUCGGCUUGACGAUUGCACUGCUUCUCAGCAAAGAUGCGAAGAACAAAUUAUUCGUCAUUGCUGAGUUUAUGCCUGGCGACUACGACAUUGGAUACGCAUCGCCCUGGGCUGGGGCCAAUUUUUUCCCCACGGCUGAACAAGGAACACUGCAAGCACAACUUGAACAAAGCACCUGGAAAGUCUUGAGACAUCUGGCCACAUCUGUGCCUGAGGCCUGUGUCCACUUCCAAGAAGCUGUUGUGUACACUCGAGAGGAAGAUGUGGGCUUGGCUGGACCCUUGUUUGUCGGCCCAGGAAAAGAACCGUGGUGGAAGGACGUAGUUGACGAUUGCCGUGGAGUUCCCUCCGAAGACCUUCCCCGGGGGAUUGCCGCGGGGACAAAAUUCAAGACGGUUUGCAUCAACCCACCUCUUUAUCUCUCGUGGCUAGUCUCGGAGUGUCGUCGCCGUGGCGUCAUAUUCAAGCGCCAAAAGAUAAUUAGUAUUACAGAGGCCCAGGAUGCUCAACAUCCAUGUGGAAGAGCUACAGACAUCGUGGUCAAUGCAACGGGUUUGGGCUCAAAGUCUCUAAAGGGCGUGGAAGAUUCCACCCUAUUUCCCGCCAGAGGCCAGACUGUACUUGUUGAGAAUGACCCCGGCUACAUGAUGGCUGUUACUGCUGGAAGAGAUGAUCGAAAACUGGGAUAUUGCAUGACAAGGGCUGCCGGGGGUGGAACUAUCCUAGGAGGAUGCUUUCAAAAGGACAAUUUUGAAUCGUCUGCAGACUUCAAUCUUGCGAGUCAGUUCAUGAAGAAUGUUGUUGAUCUCUGUCCUUCAAUCGUGAAGCCAGGUCAAGGUGUUGAAGGUCUAAAGAUUAUUCGCCAUGCCGUGGGUCUAAGGCCAAUGCGUCAGGAUGGUCCUAGAAUUGAAGUUGAUGAUGAAAGUAUGGGCGUCAUUCACUGUUAUGGCCAUGGUAGCUAUGGUUAUCAGACCAGCUGGGCAAGUGCAGAGAUGGUGGUUAAGUUGGUUGGCGAGAGUAAACGGGCCCGACAGCCAGGUUUGAAAAGUCUACUGUAA